CCAGAGGAGGAGCGCAGCUCUUUAAGAAAGCGGCAAGGCCGGGGAAAACUGGGACCCUGAGCGGAGACCCACACCCACAGCAGUCUGUAGCUCAGCACCAUGUCCCUGCAGGCUGAUUUUGACCAGGCUGCCCAAGACGUGAGGAAGCUGAAAAGCAGACCGGAAGAUGAAGAGCUCAAAGAACUGUACGGCCUGUACAAACAGUCCAUCGUGGGAGACAUCAACAUAGCGUGUCCAGCAAUGUUAGAUUUGAAGGGCAAGGCCAAGUGGGAAGCAUGGAACCUCCAAAAAGGGCUGUCGAAGGAAGAUGCCAUGAGUGCUUAUAUUUCGAAGGCAAGAGAGCUGAUUGAGAAAUACGGAAUUUAGAAUUUGGCAGAGGAGACAGAUCUCCUUCGGAAGCUUUCCUAUGAGUUAGUAACUCUAAAUCACGAGUAUUUUUUCUAUUAGCAUGAAUUAGAAUAGUUGGGUCAAUAUAUGUAAACAUAGUUUGUGGUUUUGCUUGCUUCAGCAAGGUGACUUUAAAAAGAUCCUUUUCAAAAAAUUCGU